CUCUGCACGAAAGCAUAAUCGACUUAAAAUACUCCAAGCAAUCCCAACAGAAAAACGUGUUUUUAAUGUUCAUCUUGCUUUCAUUUAGUUUAGCGUUUCAUAUUCAAGUCCCCAAUUAUCAGCUUCUCUGGAGUUUAAACAGCAUCCAUCCAUGGCGAUGGCCACUCUAACCACACCAAAACCCUGAGCACUGACUAGUCUUUCUUUGUACUCUCUCAGUUUUCUAAUUGAAAGGGAAGAUGGGGAAGAAGCGGUCGGCGGCAAACCCUAAUUCCGGGAACGAGGAGCUGCACGCGGCGGCUCGAUCGGGGGACAUGAAGGUGGUUCAGGCGAUAUGCAGCGCCAAUCCGCUUGCCGUCAACUCACGUGAUAGGCACUCCCGUACUCCACUACAUCUAGCAGCUUGGUCAGGGCAUUCUGAAGUUGUAAAUUAUCUCUGUAAGAACAAGGCUGAUGUUGGUGCUGCUGCCAUGGAUGACAUGGGUGCAAUUCACUUUGCCGCUCAAAAGGGUCAUCUCGAGGUUGUUAAGACUCUCGUGGCAUCUGCUGCCUCUGUCAAGUCUUCUAACCGGAAGGGCAUGACUGCUCUUCACUAUGCUGCUCAAGGAUCUAACCUAGAACUCGUCAAGUAUUUGCUGAAGAAAGGUGCAAACAGAGAUUUAAAAAACAAGGCUGGAAACACUGCUGUCGAUCUUGCAAGCAGUGAAGAAAUUCGCAAAAUCUUGAUCGAAUAUGAAUCUUCAUCUGGCAAAGUGGCUUUAAAUGGUAAACAAAAAGGUGAAAAUGCUGAAACAGAAAUAUCAUCUCAGGAAAAAGUGGAGGGGUCCAAUAGCAAUGCUGAUUUGCAUGGAGGUGAAACUGCUGAAGAAGGUAAAGAUGGAAUCCUAAAGAGGAAAGGCGAAGAGGAAACCAAAGAAAUCCAAACAGUAGCGAAGAAGUCCAAGGUUGCUCUUAAUCAUCUCCUAGCUGCAGAUGACACACAGGAAGAAGAAGAAGAAUAGUAGACGUUGUACCGGGAAGAAUGGCUUCAUGGCGCAAGUUCCUCAACAACUGGUAAUUAUGAUGUCAUUUUGGUGGUGGGUUGUAGAGCUAACAUGUUUAAUCUUGAAGCAUUUGCGUUUUAACAUUACGAUGUAUUUCAAAAAACAUCAAGCUCAGAAUGUGUACCCUAGUCAGCAUGUAGUGAGAACAUUCAAAUUAAGUCAUUACAAAUUCCAGUUGAAAUGUUAACUGCCAGACAUUGUUUGGCUCGACUUUCGUUCAA